UUUUCUCAGGAGAAAGCAGCUAAAUGGAGGAUGCAGGACGGUCACAUGGACGGACUGACCACCAACGGGGUUCUGGUGAUGCACCCCCGACAGGGCUUCACCCAGGGCUCCAAACCCGGCCUGUGGAGGGAGAUCUCCGUCUGUGGAAACGUGUUCACGCUGAGGGAGACCAGGUCCUCUCAGCAGAGGGGCAAGAUGAUGGAGCCUGAGUGUAACGAGCUGGUGGACGGCUCCCUGGUGGACCUGUGUGGAGCGACCCUGCUGUGGCGCACGGCGGAGGGCCUCGCCCACACCCCCACCGUCAAACACCUGGAGGCCCUGAGGCAGGAGCUGAACGCGGGGCGGCCGCAGUGCCCCGUGGGCCUCAACACGCUCGCCUUCCCCAGCAUGCGGCGCAAAGACGUCCUGGACGAGAAGCAGCCGUGGGCCUACCUGCGCUGCGGACACGUGCACGGAUACCACGGCUGGGGGGGCCGCCGCAACCCCGAGGUGGAGGCGGAGUGCCAGGAGAGAGAGUGCCCCAUGUGCCGCACGAGGGGCCCCUACAAGCCCCUGUGGCUGGGCUGCGAGGCGGCUUUCUACCUGGACGCAGAGCCGCCCACACACACAUUCAUCCCCUGUGGACACGUGUGCUCGGCGAAGACGGCAGCGUACUGGAGUCAGAUCCCGCUGCCGCACGGCACACACACCUUCCACUCUGCGUGCCCCUUCUGCAUCGAGGCGCUCAGCGGGGAGGCCGGCUGCAUCAGACUCAUCUUCCAGAGCCCGCUGGACUAGAGACCCCUCAGACUGAUUCGCUGAAGAAAAAGAGUGUCCUCGACCACCAAUGAGAAAUGGACUGUACUUAUAUAGCGCUUCAUCCAGUCUUUACGACCCCUCAAAGCGCUUUACAAGUUCAUCUACAUUCACCCAUUCAUACAGAGCACCUUACUCUAGGAACUAACAUUCGUACACACUCAUUCACAACUCAGGGUUCAGUAUCUGAGGGCAAGGAUACAUCGACAUGUUGACUGCUCUGGCUGGGAUCGAACCCACAACCUUCUGGUGGAAAGACGCCCGCUCUCCUUCGCAGCCACAGUCGCCCAUAAAUCCAGUUGAAGUAGUUUGACUGUUGUGUAAACGAGCAAUGAAAGAAUAUCCGUCUCUUCACACUUUAAGAGAAUUAUUGUUUAACAUGUAAACUAAAUAAUAACCUUUAACUUCAAGAGGAUGUUUAAGGACUAGAGACACCUCAGACUGCUUGUCUAAACAACAGAAAAACGAGUUCUUUCUAUAACUUAAUUUUGUAUAACUUAAUUUAACUUAAUUUUUGAGCAAUAGAAAUACAUGUAUUGGGUUUUUGAUCCAGGCUUUGUUGUCCUCCUCUGAAGUGGUGAAUGUUCCUCCCUGGUCUAAACUGUAAAUUGCAGUGAAUGUAUUCCCUGUAAUUGUCACACUUUGCAAAAUCAUCCCGCAACAACCCUGCCUUAUCUAAACAACAGAAGGCAUAACCAUGAGUCUGUUUGAUCACUUAAUUUAACUUCAUUUUGAGCAAUAUAAAAACAUGUAUUGGGUUUUUGAUUCAGGCUUUGUUGUCCUGUUCAAGUGGUGAAUGUUCUUCCCUGGACUAAACUGUGAUGAUUGCCGUCCACUCUGUAGAUGCCGCCUUAUAGUAACAUGAAAGUUGAGGAAAUGGCAGUUAAUGGUAAUUCCUGUAAUUGUUGGCACUUUGCAAAAUCAUCCUGCCUUGUCUGAAAAACAUAACCCUGAUUCCUUUUGAUAACUUAAUUUAACUUUGAGCAUUAUAAAUACUUGGUUUGAUGCCUGCCCUCUUUGGAACGUGUAUAAUGAUGCAGGCUUUGUUGUCCUCCUCUUAAGUUGUGAAUGUUCUU